UAAAAAUAAAAAUAUUUAAAAUAUAUAAAUAUAUUACUAUAUAAUAUAUACAUUUAAUGCGAUAUCUGGCGCUAUACGCGCGUAAAAAGUGGCAAACGGAUGCCCCUACACGCUGGCUAAAUCGACUCAAACGAGCUACGAGAAACGCGACACAUCAACAACUAAGUAACAAGUAAUAAAUAAACUAAACUAAACGAAACAAAACAAGAGCAAAAAAAAGAAAAACUUAAACGAACGCAAAUUGAUUUUUGUUGCAAACAAAUACACAAAAAUAUUAGUCAAUAAAUACGUGUCAUAAAUCAUCACGAAUAAUUUGUGCUAAAUCCGUUUCAAAACUUAAAAUGUCAACCAUAAAUUCAAGCAAAGGAUUUCAUUUAACACAAUUGCAGCUGCUCUAAACGUUAUUGCCAGCAUGCAACGCUCUAAAUGACAACACGAUCCCAAAAAGUUCGAACUCGUUUUGUGAUAAACCCAAGUUGAAUCAAUUUACUGAGACUUUGAGACCGAACAAAACAGAACAUUAUAAAAGACAAAAAUUGACGACACACUGCACUAACUAGAAGAAGAAGAAGAAGGACAACAAUAAAAAGAAAAAAAGAUAACACAAAAAGACAAGUCCAACCCUCUCGAACCGUUAGUCGAUAACCACGUUUAGUUAAGCGCUUUAUGAAUUUUGUUAGCCCUUUAGUGUUAGGGACUUGGCCCGAGUGCGCUCUGAUCUGAUUCAUAGCGUGUUGCCAUCAUGUCACAUGGCGACAUUGAGGAAUGUACGUAAUAUAUCCCGCCGAUGAGCUCAUCUUAAUGACCUAUGGUUUCUAUGCACCACGUGUGAAACCGCGUCCCACACUCGACUGCCUGCGCGAACCGCUCGUACCCAUCGAGAUUCCAGCGAGAUCAGCGAGACCCGUCGGCAUCUUAGCCAACAGUCCAGCCAACGCCAGUUCCAGCUUCAGCCAUCACAACUUUAUUGGCGCCGCCGCCGCCACCAGCUACACAAACGACUCGACGCGACCCACCGAGUGGUUAGCGGCCGCAGUGCAGCCGCCGAAUCCGUCACGCAUUCCCACAGCACCGCCCAACUCGCCGCACCGCCAGCCACCUAGUGUUAACUUUUUUAGCUUUGAGCAGGAGACGCCGUUGCAGCAGGAGCCAGAGCCAGAGUCGAAGCCGGAGCCACCAAUAUUGCCAAUUGGUGUGCAAUCAACGCAGACACAGAGCCUGCCGCCGACGCCGACGCGACGCACCUCACGCGCCUCGCUAACCCACUCGAAUCACAAUUCCGGUGGUGGCAGCAAACGCUCGAGCGUGCGCAGCAAUCGUUCGCAGGCGCCGUUGACGCCGCUGCUGCCACAUCAGCGACCGCUGAGCACGUCCAUGUAUAAUGACGCCAGCAUGCAAGGAGACGGCAAUCCCAGUGCGUCUGGACGUGCACCAUUCCAACGCAGCAGCGCCUACGACGAGGACUCACGUCUGAUUGACUAUGGAGCUGCAGGCGCUGCAGCGGGCGGGGCCGGCGGCGCAGUCGGAGCGAGUGGCGCUCUGGUCGAUGCCCGUUCGCGCAGUCCCAGCAUCUUCCUGGAGCCACCCUCACCAGAUCCCACGCACGCACACUUUGGCCCCGGCUGGGGUCGACCCAUGUCGCCCAUGGACCUGCCACCCGAGUGCUCCAGCAGCAGCCUGGCCAGCAAAUCGCCGACCAGCAGCAAAUCUCGUUUGCGGCCCAAGCUCCAUAUACCGCUGGGUCGACUGGGUCGCUCCACCUCCUCGGAUACGCGCGAGAGCAAUCGCCUGCGCGAAGAUGUUCAUGUGCACGUCGAGAAUCCGGUGUUCAGCAGCGAGAAUCUGCGCCAGAACAACUUCGAUGCAUUCUUCGAGGCACGCGAGCCGGUCAUCAAGCUGCAGCCGCGCAGCCCGAACGCAGCGUCGCCGGACGGACGCGGCUACUCGCCCCCCCUGGAGAGGUAUGCGGGUGUCUAUGACUCGCCGCGUACGCGCAGUCCGGCCGGCAGUGCGGCCAGCGGGGGCGGCGGGCUGUUUGCGCGCUCACCGCGGGAGGAUCGGGAGCGUGCGCUCAAUGCGCGCUCCCGCAGCGCAGAUAAUUGGGACGAGGCGGCUGGCGGUGCGGUGGGCGGGGCGACCGGCGGGACCGGCAGCAGCAGCGCCGGUGCUGGUGGUCGGGCCGGUGGCGGCGCGCACUCCAAAGAUUCUUUGGGAAAAUCUUCAAGUGGUCGAAAAAAUCGUAGUUUCUUUGGGUGGAGGGGACCACAGGGUGGUUCCCUUAGCCCACAGGGCAGCAUGGCGUCCUAUAAUGGCAUACUCAAGGACUACAGUCACAGCAGCUUGAAUGAGGCUUUCAAAUCCCAGAACAAUGUCAACUUUAAGUUAAUUAAAACAGUAUCCGAUUUCAACGAAUCACUCUCCCAAUUGUAUGAGGAACAUGCAACUGCCCUUCAGACUCUAGUAUCCAAUUAUCGCAAAAAGAAUGCCGAGCUGCGCAAGGAGAGACCCGCCUGCCAUCUGGCCAUCUUUCAGGCGUGGGAAACAUUCCUGCAGGAAACGGAAACCGACUCGCAGGCCUGCAACGAUGUUGCCAGCGUCCUCAGCCGCCAGGUAUCUCGGCCCAUGCUGGAUAAAUCCUUUCAUCGCAAAGUUCAAAGUCGCAAAAUCUUUACGCACAGGGAGUCUUUUGAGACUAUAAUCGCAAAGACUGAAGAGAAGCUGUCAAAGUGUCGCCUGGACUACAAGCAAUGCCAUCUGGCACACAGGCAGAACCCCAGCCAGCACUCGCUGACCGAAUAUAUCGAUGCGCACAAUGCGUACGUGCAGCAGUUGCAUGCCACCAAUGGCAUGCUGGAGGCCUACCAUUGCGACACGUUGCCCCAAUUGAUGCAGGAGCUGGAGGAGAUACACAACGACCUAUGCAACAUUGUUUCCGAUUCGCUGCAACAGGGCGCCGAUGUAAUUGCCGCCAAGGCCACGGACCAGUCGCGGCGCUACGGCUGCCUGGCCAGCCAGUGCAGCGCCGUCCAGCCCCAGCAGGAUCUGUUGAACUUUGUCCGUCUGCUGGCGCAGCCAUCGCAGGCUCAGAAGGUGCCCCGACGCGUCUUUGCCCCACCCCAAGCACAGCAGCCGGGCGAGCCGGCCGACGAGGCAGCUGACUAUAAUGAGAUGACGCCAAUUUUGCGCAACGAGCUCGUCUUUGACCGGCACUCGACGCUGUCGCAGCGCUCGGCACUGGAGUCGCUUAAGCGUGAGUCCAUUGAAUUGGAAUUGCAAAUACGUCAGCUGCAGGACUCCAUUGAUGCACUGAAUCGCACACAAAUGCGCGGCAUUGAGGGUCAGCUGUACAACAAGGUUAACGAGCUGCAGGAGGAUUUAUCCAUGAAGAAAUUCGAUUUACGCGCCAAGCAAAUACACCUGGCUGCCAUACGAGCACAGAAGGAGUUAUUCGUUAGCAAAGUUGAGCCAACUUCGCCGCGCAACGAACGCAAAUUCUCGGCCGCCACAGCGCCAUCGAUGAAAACAAAGUGGCUGAAAGCAUUUAAGAGCCUAAAGCCGGCGGGUUCUGGUUCAGCAACACAAGCAGAUAGCCAACAACCCCGACAAAAUCAAAUGUACCACGCCGUAUCAACCGUUUUGACCUUGAGGCGUAAUGGUGCCUCGAAUGCCCCAUCGGAAGCGCUGCGCCCCAAUUUGGAUGGCAGCCACCAUCUGCAGGAGUACACAUACAAAAAGAUAACAGCUUGCGAUGUUUGCUCGCAAAUUUUGAGAGGCCACACUCGUCAGGGCCUGCGCUGUCGCAUCUGCAAGCUGAACGCCCAUGGAGACUGUGCUCCGAAUUUACCGCGCUGCCAGCCCAAGCAGAAGCUGCUGCGUCGCCAAAAGAGCACCUCCGAGCUGGAGAAUCGCGUCGACAUCGAGGAAGAAACCGCCGACAAAUCCGUCCACGUGCCGGGCAAAACGCUGGACGUGAGCGCCGCUGGAACGGGAGUCGGAGCCGGAGCCGGAGUCGGAGUCGGAGGCGGAGUCGCUGCACCCAGCGCCGUCUCACAGCCGCUGCAACAGCUGCAGCCGGGCCUAGUCGAGCGUACGAUGCCCGUUCCCGAGAUACCCAUCGUCAAUGUGCCGGAGUCGUUGGCCCAGGAGACGCACCAGCCAUCGGCCCAUCAGCUACAUCAGAGCCAUCAGCGCAGCCUGGCAUCGGUGGCGCAGGCGGCGGCGGUGCGGGCCGGCCGCGGUGUGCGCCCACCGCCCGUGGCCAUGCCCAUUUUGGGCGUGCAGCUGCAACAACAGGAGCUGCAGCAGCAGCGCGGCGGUCUGCCGGUGCCCACACAAGAUAUCUCUAGUAGUUCAGCACCGCACUCUCCGCGCCGCCAAAAGCUGAAUUUGCGCAUGAAAUCGUUGAGCUUGGACUCACCCGAAUCGUCGGAGCUGCACGGUCAGUUUAGGCGACGCCAACAGCAUUUGCCCGCCGCGGCAGCUGCGUCCACAUCCAGCGGCUACUAUCAUGGCGGCUCGGGAGGCCAUCUGGAGCACAGUACUCCGCCGUCGAACAACAGCCGGCUGCACUCGCCAUCGAGCCCCUCGCAUCCGGGCCGCAAGCUGCUGUAUGCCACGCGCGGCAUGCGCGGCGGCAGCGUCGAUUUACCCGACGAUAUGGAGAAGUCACAGUCCUCGGCCAGCACAUCGCCUUGCCUAUCACCCAAAUCGCAUCGCCUCUUGCCCACCAAUUUGUACGUUAUACUCUACAACUUUAAGGCGCGGCAUGCCGAUGAGCUGGACCUCAAAGCGGGCUAUAAGGUGACGGUCAUCGAUACCGCCGAUCCGGAUUGGUGGAAGGGCAAAGUGCUGGGACGCGUCGGCUUCUUUCCGUCAAAGUACUGCGUCCGUCUCAAUGCCAACGAGAAGCCAUUACAGGUGACACACAAUCUGCAGGUAUCGGAUGGCGAGCGCGGCGAGAAUAUGACCCUGUUAAGAGACCAAAUUGUUAUACAGACUGGCGAUGAGGUGAACGGCAUGGUCAUGGUGCGCUCGGCGGACAAUCGUCAGGGCUAUUGCCCCAUCAAGUACCUGCAGGAGGUGUGACAGCCAGAAGAGGAAGAGCCGCCUGCAAAAUCAUCAAUGCAAACGUCGCGCGCCGCUGCCGCUACCGCUGCCGCAGCCGGCGCCGGCGACAAGACCAAGCGUAGAAUUAGAAUCGUAGUUACCGAUAAUAACAAUUUAGCUAGUAGCAGUAGCUCUAUACCCAUCACCCAUGUACAAUCACAAUCACAAACGCAAUCACAAACGCAGACGCAGGCGCAGACAUCGCCCAGCCGAGAGACGAAGCGCCUGAACAUCGAGUACAGCGAUGCGGAUGGCGGACUCAUCUGGGACAAGGACAAGGAUGUGCUGAUACUGUCGGGCCGCAACAAGAACGACAAGAACUGGGAGAACUGGGAGCGCAUACGCGAACAGAAGCUGGAGAAGAUGAAGAACAUCUGCUUCGAGAGCUAUCGCCAGUCGAAGCGGGACAAGCUGCUGCUGGCCAAGCCGAAGCCCAAGCAGCUGGACCCCACCUGGUACACGGACAACAUCUACUCGAAUCGCUCGGACGAUCUGGACGAGGACUAUGUGCCCGACUGCCUCAAGUACGGCAGCUACAGCAAUCGCAUUCUGCGCGACAUACGCGAACAGGACGAGAAGUAUGCGGAGGAUGCGCUGCCGAUGCGCGAGCGCCGCGGCGAGGGCGAGGGCUCGCCGGGCUACGGACUGCAGCGCUCGAAGAGCUGCAAGGAAUUCCAAUAUCCAAAGUCGCAGAGCUGCUGCUUCGAGGGCAACGUGUUCGAGGCGGGCGGCACUGGCGGCACGGGCAGCUCGGGGGCGACGGCCACCACAUCCAUACUGAAGAAUCGCGCUGGAGUGCCCAAAUCGUACUCGUUUAGCGCCUCCACAAAGACCAUGCCCUUCGACAUCAUCGACUACGAGCUGCCGCCCGCCUCGAACACGCGCCGGGAGAAGCGCGAGGCGUACAGACGGAGCAUGAAUAUGCUGUAUAGCAACAGCCUGGACGAGCGGACGCUGGCGCACAGCUGCUGUGCGCGGGAGCAGUGCACCAGUGCCAAGUGCUUGCUGGACGAUAUCUAUGCUGGCUCCAGGCGGCGGCUGGAUGCCUACGGCGCUGGCAGCAACAGGAAUCUGAAUUUGAAUCUCAAUUUGAAUCGCAGCCUGCGCUCGCCCGACGAUUGGUUGUUUGACGAGCGCGUCGAGGCAGCAGCAGAUCAUCAUCAUCAUCAUCAGCAGCACCAGCGGCUGGGCCGGGGCCAGCGCCUGCCAAUGGGUGCUCAGGCAACGCCAGCCGGCACGACCGUGAUCUGCUGCUGUGCGACAGAGGACUAUUGCUGCCAUCGCCAGGCACAGCAGCGGGCGGCAAGGCGGCCCCACUGUCCGGGCCAUCAUCCGGCCGCCGAAGAGGAGGAGCAUAUGCAUUGCCGCUACGACACCGACCUGGAGCAGUUCAUACGCGCCGAGCGCGAGCGCCUGCUGCUGCAGGACAAGUUCCUCGACGAGGACGAACGCUACUUGGCCCAGAGUCACAUGGCCAGUCCGGGCAGACGCUACGCGCACUAUACGCGGCCCACGCGCAGCAAAUCCCUGCUGGAGGUGCAGCCGCCCAGCUUGUUCGACGAGGACAGCUGCUCGGAUACGACUGAGAUCGAUCUGGAGGACUUCAACAUCGACCUGGAGAAGUACUGGGAGCAGCUGGACAAGCCGCCCAGCCCCAUCAACAUGGACAUGCGACGCAACAUGCACAGCAAUCUGAAGGUGAAGAACGUGAACGUGCGCUGCUACAACAACGGGCAGCCCAUCGAUAUGCACGACCGGGAGCACGAGCGGCUGAUGAUCAAGAAGUCGCUGCUGGAGGGCAUGCCGUCGCCGCCGCAGCUCGACUCGAGCGGCUCCUCGAACAAUGCGACGGGCUUUAGUUUUUUUGAGAAUCCCGCUGGUUCGCUGCACCACCCUCACCACCACCAACAACAGCACCACCCUCUCCAGCAGCGACACCAUGGUAUUGCAGCGCCAGCAGCACCAGCCUACGGUGGCUACGGCCACAAGGUGUACCCGACUGCCGAUACCCUGCCCACGUAUCAGUACAACAACUUCUACCCGGAGCACACGACCCUGGGCAGCGUGCUCACCCAGCAGCCGACGGCGGGCGUCCACCAUGCCUCGGCCGGCGGCCACUCGGCGCUGAGUCUGAUCAACAACAUCUUCUCCAUCUACAAGCCGAACAAGUACUCGCCCGAGAACUGCCAGCUGAACUACGAGAGCAAGCCGGAGCCGUGCAAGAAGAUGAACGUGCCGAGCACUCGACGGCCCCUGGGCGCCGCCUCCAGCAAUAUGCAGCAUGGCCACGAGUAUCUUCACUCGUCGAUGAAGCGCCCGCUGCUGGUCAGCGCCGAUCAGCCGCACUUCAAGAUCAUUCCCGAGAAGACGGGCCUGAAGAUCUCGCCGCUGCUGGCCUAUGAUGAAUACGGCGGCGGCGGCGGCGGGAUCGCCGGAGAUAAAUCACAUCAGAGGCUGACCAGCACGGCGCGACCUCUGAUGCUUCCGCACUGAUGGUGCUGGACCUUUCCGUGGUAUGGUAAUGGUAAUUAUUGUUAGUUAUGCUCACAGCGACUGCCGAGAAUCUCCAGAAAAGAAAACAGAAACUGAGAACUAAACACAACUAAAGGAAAAACCAAAAAAAAAAUGGAACUAACCAAAAGACUCGCUCGACAAGCAGCAAAAAUACAAAACCAAAAAAAAAAAA